AUGGAUGGGCCGGACACACCUUCCGUCGAUGUGAAAACCCUGUCCUGAUCUGCAGACUGCUCCCGGACUCUGCCAGAGGCGCCGCCAAGGGCUGGGGACGCACCCCUCUGCCCCGAUCCUGUCUGGGUCCCGGUGCCCGGCCGGGCUCCAGGGGACCGAGACAGUGCCUUUCAGCCCUCAACCCCAGGUGAGCUUUGGUCAAGGGGGACCUCGGUCCAAGAGAGCCUCGACCCAGGAAGCCUCAGUUCCGGGGAGCCUCAGCCCUGGGGAGCCCCAGCCCUGGGGAGCCUCGACCCAGGAGAGCCUCAGCCUCGGGGAGCUUCAGUUCAGAGGAUCCUUAGCCUAGGGGAGCCUCGACCCAGGGGAACUUCAGUCCAAGGGAGCCUCUAUCCAGGGGAACCCCAGCCCAAGGGAACCUCGGCCCAGGGAAGCCUUGGUUCCAGGAUAGCCUCAGCUCUAAGGGAAACUCAGCCCCAGGUUAGCUCUGCAGCCAGCCCAUGCGCCAAAGCAGUCUCCACCGGUGAACCUCGCGUGCCUUCCAAACCCUUCCUCCUGAACGCCCAGCCAUUCUACUCUGCGUGCUGCGGUGGGUCCUGCAGGCGCCCUGCCUCCCCCACAGCUUUUGCAAGAGAAGAACACGGGCUGCCUCUGCUGACUCAGGACUCGAAUUCCAAAGCUCGAAGGGGGAUUUUAAGGAGAGCUGUGUUCUCAGAGGACCAGAGGAAGGCUCUGGAGAAAAUGUUUCAGAAGCAGAAGUACAUCAGCAAAACAGACCGAAGGAAACUUGCUGUCAGCUUGGGGCUGAAGGAGUCACAGGUGAAGAUUUGGUUUCAGAACAGAAGAAUGAAAUGGCGGAAUUCCAAAGAAAAGGAAGUGCUCUCCAACAGGUGCCUCCAAGAAGUGAGCCUUGCAGAAGACAGGCUCUCACGGGCAGCUGUGGGCUUCCCUCCUCCGUGCCCUGCAAUAUGGGACGCCUCCCAGCCGCACUCAAGUCCCAGCUGGAGGGAGAACUCUCCAGAACCUGCAGAAACACUGACCCAGGAGAAUUCACGGGUACUAGAAGCAAAUUCCCUCCAAGGUGCUUUGUAUCUGUGUCCUGAGAAGGAAGCCAGAGACAAGGAUCGACUCACUAGCGCCAUCUGAAGGGAGCA